AUGGAUGUUUACAAAAUGGCACAGAAGCUUCAUAUAAGGAACAAAGAGACCAAAGUCCCAAAUGAAUCACUGAGAAGUCCCUACACGGGUCCCAAUGUCAGAAGUUCUUUCCUUGAAGAAAAAACAUCAGCGUUACCCAACAAUUUUUCAAUUUCUGACCAGACUAAGUCGUUUGUUUCAAAUUGUGACAGUGAUUUAACUGAAAGCAGUCAUGAUGGCUGCCGUGGUGGCUCUAAUAAAGAAAUAGUUGCCUCAAACUUGAAUAAAGAAGAACUGAAAGGGAAUUUGGAAACUUUGAAUGGUACCAGUAAUGUGCUAUCGCCAUCUGCAAAGGAAAUAAAUCCUGUGUCUGGUUUAGCUUUGAUACAUGGAAAACAGAGACGAUUACAGAGCUGUUCUGACAUAGGGUAUGAUCCAUUAAAUCCACUCACUUGUCAUUUUUGUGGCCUCUUUGGAUCCUUGAGGUGCACACGAUGUAAGCAGAUAUAUUACUGUUCUCUGGAUUGUCAGAGGAAAGACUGGCAAAUGCAUAGUAUUGUCUGUAAGCCAGUUAAACUGAAUACAGAUAAAGUAAAAGAUAUUGAAAAAACAUUGGAUGAAAUCAAGAAAAAGGAAAACAUGCAAUCUAUGAAUAUUAACAAAACAGGAGAUCAGGAUAAGAAAAGAGAAGAGCUAGACAAAAGAAUAAUGUUUUCUGAUCUGAAUACAUUGGGGCUUCAAAAAAAUAUGAAAAUUGAGGGCACAAUAACAGAGUUCAAUAAUCCUCGCAAAUUCUACAUAGUAGUCAAUUCCCCAGAAAUUCUAAGUAAUAUUGGCAAACUUACUGUGAGGCUGAAAGAUUACAGUGGUGUUAAUCAAGAUGAAUAUAUUCCUGUCAAAGGAGAAGUCGGUGUUGCAAAAUAUUCCAUUGAUCAGACUUGGUACAGAGUGCUUAUAGAAGAGAUAGAUAUCCUUAAGAAGAGUGCUGAGGUACUAUAUAUCGACUAUGGAAAUGAAGAAAAUGUACCACUAAACAAAAUCAAACAAAUGCACGACGACAUUGCUCACUUUCCACCCUGUGCUAUUAAGUGUUGUGUUGCUAAUGUCCUUCUAGCUAAAGAAGGAUGGAAUGCAAACUGCAACAAUACUAUUGCUCCAAUUCUUAUAGGAAAGUAUUGUUCAUUGACCGUUGUUGAUGUUUUGAUGGAUGAGAUGCCAUACUUGGCUGUAGAUGUUGUCUUGCCACAUUCUGGUAAACACUUACACGAAAUGCUUAUGGAAAUGGGACAUGGUUGGAAUUCAAAGGAUAUGAAUAGCAAGAAAGAAAACUCAGCUACUGGUUCUACUGUGGAAAAGAUUUCCAUUCAGAAGAAGAACAAUGAGUAUGUGGGAUUAGAUCAUAGUAGUUAUCUAACUCCAAAGGUUAUCUCGCUGUCUAUAGGAGAUGCUUUUUUGGGUAUGGUUGCCCAUAUAGAAACACCAGGAGAUUUUUUUUGUCAGCAGAUGGGAAACGGUGGCAAACUUUCUGACCUUCACGUUUCCCUGCGUGAAUAUUGUGAAAAAAUAACUUCUACCCCAGAUUUCUGUCCAGCAAUAGGAGAGAUGUGCUGUGCCCAGUUUACAGAAGAUAACCAGUGGUACCGUGCAUCAGUUUUGUCCUACGUUUCUGAGAAAACUACCCUAAUAGGUUAUGUAGACUACGGAAACUUUGAAGUUCUUCAGUUAAGUAAACUUCGACCAAUCAUUCCAAAAUUAGUGGAACUACCAGUGCAAGCUAUCAAAUGUACCCUAGCAGGUGUGAAGCCAAUAUCUGGAACCUGGUCUACAGAAGCAACUUCUGUCAUGAAACAGCUGAUGCAAAAUAAAGUGGUCACCAUAAAAGUAAUGGAUAAGAAGGAAAAGACUUUUGUGGUAGAAAUUACAGAUGAAUCAGUGAUUCCAGCACCGAAUUUGUCUAAAUACCUUUUAGAAUCAGGUUGUGCAAUGGAAGAAGCCACCACUGUUCCGACAAUGCUUGAAACAAGCACUGGAACACAGCAAAAAGUGAAUGGUCAAAAACAAGAUAGAAUUGAUUGGUCUUGCGUCACAUUAAUACCUAAACAGGUGGUAAAUGUCAUGGUGUGUGUGCUGUACAAUCCCAGCAAGUUCUAUUGCCAGUUGUUAAACAAUGAUGAUUUGAAUGCUCUAAGAGAACUCAACAUGUCUUUAGCAGAAUUCUGCCAGAUAACAACUCCUAGCAUUUCCAAAGUAACAAAGGGGGAGCUGUGCUGUGCUUAUUUUUCUGGUGAUGGUAGAUGGUAUCGUGCCUUGGUAAAAGAUGCAACUUCAUCUGAGGCCUUUAAAGUUCAGUUUGUGGAUUAUGGAAACUGUCAAGAGGUUACUCUGGAUAAAAUCAGACACAUUUCAUCUGCCUUUACAAAACUCCCAUUUCAGGCAAUCAGGUGUUGGUUAUCAGGUGUAAGGCCCAUAAAUAAAGAAUGGACACCAGAAGCUACGGCAGCACUUCAGAGGUACACAGCUGGGAAGAAGCUUCAGGCAAAAGUUGUUUCUUUAACUGCAAAUGGUGCUGAAGUGGAGCUUAUUGAUAAUUCCACUAGCAGUCCCAUAAUGAUCAGUGAAAUUUUAAUUAACGAGCAUUUGGCUUUUAAAAAGGAAAUAUACUCAGUUCAGGAUAUGCCACCAGGUGAAUUGACAUCCAGUUACUUACAAGAAAUGUCUACACACAUAGAGUGGACAACAACAGAACUUCCAGUUGAUGAAACUGUGCCUGUCCGUGUAUUAGAUGUGAUCCAUCCUGGCUUUUUCUAUGUUGUACCAACAGAAGUCAAAGUGGAUCCACAAAAACUCCAUAAGCUAAUGACUGAACUUGCAGAUUACUGCAACUCUCAGGAUUAUCACAUCUUCAAACCAAGUGUUGGUGAACCCUGUUGUGCCAGGUUCUCAGGUGAUGACAAAUGGUACCGUGCUGUUGUUCUGGGAAUUCAUAAGUCAGAAGUGAAAGUGGCAUAUGCAGACUAUGGAAAUGUGGAGGUGUUGCCAUUUUCUAGACUUGUACCUAUAACUACUCCCUACUUGGAACUACCGUUUCAGAUUCUUAAGUGUUCCCUAGCAGGAAUUAUGGAACCAGAUGGGAAGUGGUCCAUAUCAGCAACAGAGAAGCUGAAAUGUCUCUUACUGAAUGAGUGUGUGAUGAUUACAGUGAAAGGAAUUAAUGAGAAUAUUCAUGCAGUAACUGCCCAAAAAAAAUGUGAAAAUAGUAUUCUGGAUGUAGCUGACCAGUUAGUAAUUGAAAACUUGGCAAAAUAUAGCAACAGUGGGAAUCAAUGUGCAAAGAAGUCUAAGUGCUGCUGUACAGAGUUGAAAAAGCAAGUUGAAAAGCUUGAACGGAUUAUUUACUCUCUCCUAAAAGACCACUUUGGUGAAGAUAAACUUCCUGAAGUUAUGAAGUCCUUAGAAGAAUAAAGCUAUGCUUCUAAUAUACUGUUAAAUGCAUACUAUCCGUUGUACUUUCCAGAACACUGUCUUAAUCCUACAGUCAUAAACAUUCUUCCUUGGAAAGAAGGUCUGUGGCAGGGAUGGGGAAUGUGUGGCUCUCCAGAUGUUGUUGGUCUGCAGCUUCCAUCAUCCUCUCUCAUUCACUAUACUGCCUAGGGCUAAUGGGAGUUGCAGUUGGAAGAUCACCUGUUCCCCAUUCUUGGUUUAUGGCAAACAAUAAGGCCAAUGUAUUUAGGAUCAGAGUGAAAAAAGAAAAGAAAUAAAAAUCCAGAAUGACAUCAAAGUCAAUGGGAGUUUUAGCAUUACCUUCAGUAGAAUAUAGAUUGCACCCAAUAUAUUUAAAGCUGUUAAACUGUGGUUUGUUAAGAAGAUGUUAGGAUGUAACUACGUCAUGCAGUCAGUGAUAAACCUAAGGUCACAAUGCUAGCCUUCAGAGGAGGGUGUCGGCAAUAUUUGGUUCUUCACCAUCUCUUAUCAGUGAAACCAAUUACCUUUUACUAGUGUUUUAUGUUACAGAGAUUAGCGUUCACAGUGUUCAUAUGAGGUAUCAUGCCCCCUGAGUAGAAGGAAUUGUGCUUCAUAUUGUAAGAAAUAACCCAAGCCAAGAAGGAAAUUCAUCUAAAGCAUGUUUUAUUUCAUUAAAAAAGAAACAGCCCAAGAAGGGUGUGAUAAUUAGGUUUAAA